UAAUUCUUGUCUUCUCUGUUAUCUCCGUCACCGUACCGGGGAUCAAAGAAGUAUGAUUACUGGCUUGGUUUGGACUUUAUCACCACACAUUAAUGGGAGGCCUUAAGGCGUCAAGUUGCGGAGCACCAUGCGGAAGCGGGCGCUGCGACUUCUCCUCAUGGGGCCCAGGGGUUACUGCUGGCGGCGCUCGUCCUUGCACCUGUCACCUGAGGCCCCGGCUCCGAAACCCAACAGUGCUGCAUCCGUAUCACUCACAAGCGCAAGUCACCGCCGCACCCUCUUCCCCCUCCCGCAUGGGGAACAACACCCUCGGCAUCUGCCGCCCCCCCGCGGCCCCACUUCCCGCCCCACCCACCUCCACCUACACUCCCGGAACCCCCACCCCUCACCCCUAGCCACCAGCACCAACCCUGGAGGUCCAUUAGUUGGUGAUGCCAGGCUGCGCGUCGGUCCCCCGCGCUUGCCCAUUUCCACGCAGCAAGCCAGCUCUGGUGCCGCGGGCGUCACCACCACCACCACCACCAUCACGCCCCGCCUCACAUCUGCAUGCCGCGCCGGUUCGCUGCACGCGGCUGGCCUGUCUGAUACCCUCCUGGCGCUGCAUGCCCCCCCGCACCUCAGCCACCGCCGUGGCUUGAGCCGCGUGUCUGAACAGGCUCGCAGCAGCGGCAGCAGCAGCAGCAGCCGUCGGGCUGCUGAGGACAUGUCAGCAGCAGCAGCGGGUGCGGGCGCAGGUGCCACCGCCCCUCCCGCAAAGCCUCCUCCGAGGGGGCUUUUCCGGGACCGCAGCCCUGCUCCCCACAACGGCACCAGUCCAAACCACGCCAAGGCACCCUCCGUCUCAAGACGCCCUCCGCCUCCCUCACAGCCCCAGCCCCAGCAACAGCCCCAGCAGCAGCACCGGGGUGCACCCAGCGGCGGCGGCGGCAACGGCGGUGACAGUAGCCGCCCGCCCUCCUCCAAGCCCUUCCGCCCCGACCCCCGCAAGCAGCGCCCCCAGCCGCUGCCCCCGCUGCGCAGCCUGCCCCACCUGGCCGCCCUGCUGCCGCCGCUGCGGGCCGCCGCGGUGCUGCGGGAGGAGACCCGGCGGCGGGAGGUGGGCAACCAGCUGGCGGACUGGCUGGCGCAGCACCACCCCUGCCACCACCGCUGCAGCAGCAAGGGGGAGGAUGAGGCGAAGUCGAGGGGGGUGCCGCGCGGCGAAGUAC